CUAUUUCCUCGGAUGAUUUCACGCCUAUCAAUUGUAAAUCUGCAUACAGAGGGCUAGUCCGCCGUGUUUGCGGCACAGUCGUCACAUCGAACCUCAUAAAAGUACUCAAGGGUGCAUUUAUCUCCGAAGUUCCUUAUCUUCCUUCCUUUGUCUGAUCCGUCCAAGAUUCAUUUUACGCCCCACGUUUUCAAUUUACGACAUCUCCUUCAUUCUCAAAUUUGUCAUCAUGGCUGAACUAUACGGAUCUAGGCUCAUGCCUGUUGUGGUAGAUGAAACCGCAGAGAGACAGCCAGAUCUACCGUACGCUUCAGUGCCUCUGACGACCAACAUCAGCGAUGGAUUCAAGGACGUUACGUUCUCCGAUAUCGCUUCAGCAACAAAUAAGGUUGCUAGAUGGAUCGAGAACACAAUAGGUCGUAGUAGUAAUUUUGACACCAUAGCCUACAUGGGCGUUGGUGAUCUACGCUAUGUGGUCGUAUUCCUGGCCGCCGUCAAAUGCGGAUAUAAGGUCCUACUUCCCUCCUUGAGAAAUUCCCCAUGGAUGAAUGGCUCUCUUUUCGAGCAGACAAAAUGCGUACAUCUUUUCUUCGCGCCAGAGGUUGAACCUGUGAUUAGGCCACUUCUAGAUCACCAUGCCAUCCCAGCCCAUCCUAUUACGCCUCUAGAAACACUCAUUCAAAAAGACACACCGCAUUAUCCAUUCACAAAGUCAUACGAAGAGGCGAAAUGGGACCCAAUAUUGAUACUUCACUCCUCAGGAUCAACGGGGCCACCUCGACCGAUCUACAUGAACCACAAUACAUUCGCAGUUGGCGACAAUGAUCGCAACCUUCCAAUUGUUCCCGGGCGUGUUAACCAGAAUUGGUCGCUAUGGGACUUUCCAGAAAAUGAACACUUCUUCUCACCCUUUCCGGCAUUUCACCUUGCUGGUUUCUCGUCGAUGGUCAUGCUGCCAAUAUACUAUCCUCACGCAACCCUUGUUCUUAGUCCCCCAUCACGGCCGCCAUCUGGUCACUUGGUCAGCGAGAUCAUGGACCAUUUCACACUAAAGUCCAUCUUCUGUCCUCCAAUCAUUGCAGAACAGAUCAUCCAGGAGCCUGGUGGACUCGAGAAACUCAAGUCACUUAAGUUUCUCCUCUACGCAGGCGGGCCGCUUUCCCAAGUUGCCGGCGAUGCCCUCAGCAAAGUGACAGACGUGUGCCAAUUCUAUGGACAGACCGAGACUGGAGCCAUUCAGGCACUGGUACCAAAGAGAGAGGAUUGGGCCAGCCUUGAAUGGCAUCCUAAACAAGAGGUCACCAUGGAAUCAUCUAUUGACGGCACGUUUGAAAUGAUCAUGCACCGCAACCCAGCCCUGGAGGGUAUCCGAAACGUAUCUUGCAAUUUUCCCGAUGUCGAAGUCUGGCGCACCAAAGACCUCUUCAAACCUCAUCCGACUAAGCCUGGAUUGUGGCGCUUUCACGGCCGCGCCGACGACAUCAUUGUUCUGUCUAAUGGCGAGAAGUUCAAUCCAGUACCUAGCGAAACUCAGAUCUCUGCCCAUCCCCUUCUUUCUGGAGCAUUGAUCAUUGGACACAGCCGACCGCAGCCAUCUCUCAUCUUAGAGCCAAAGGACCUAGACAAUACAGAUACGCUUGCAAUCAUAGAGCAAGUAUGGCCAACGAUCGAGAAAGCAAAUGCAGAAGCACCUGGACAUGCACGAGUCACUAGAGACAUGGUUUUGGUCUCAUCGAAAGACAAACCUUUCGAUAGGUCUCCCAAGGGUACGAUCAUUCGCGCCUCAACUGGAGCGAAGUACGAAGAUCAGAUCUCAGAACUGUACUCAAGGGACAUCUCGCGAAAUCUUCAACACAUCACUCUUGACGACUCGAGCAACAUUUCUUCUAUCGUCAAAUUUGUCAAACAGGUUGUAGGCUCCGCAUUCCCAAAGUCUUCUUUCAAUGAAGGAGACGACCUCUUCGUCUUGGGUCUGGACUCCUUACAAGCUACCGAGAUCAUAUCCUUGCUCAAGGCCGGUAUAACUGCCGAAAAGCAACGAGAUGUAUCCUGGGUCUCGCCAAAGUUCAUCUACGAGAAUCCGUCGGUGAAUGCUAUAUCCGAAGCAAUUCAGCAUAAAUUGACAUACACCAACGGCGUGUCACAAGAUCAGCCCGAUCCUUUGAAGCGACAACAGAAAAUGGAAAGCAUCCUCCAGAAAUAUGUCAAAGGCUCCAAAACAGCACCCAUUUCCGGAACGCCUGUGGUAGACCAACCACCUCUUCACGUAAUCCUGACCGGGUCCACUGGCUCCCUUGGUACUCAUCUACUCAUAGCCCUGGUAGCUGAUCCCAAGGUUGCUAAGAUCUCGUGCCUCGACCGCUCGGCAGAUGCAAAGGAGCGUGUAACGCGAUCUCUAUCGUCAUGGCCCAAGCCCAUUGAGCUAGAUUCGUCCCGUGUCAGCUUCUAUCAGGCAGACUACAGCAAACCUGACUUCGGUCUUCCCGCAACAACGUUCACCGAUCUACGCGAAAAUGCCAGCCUAAUCAUACACAAUGCAUGGAAGGUAGACUUCAACCACGCGCUGGCAUCCUUUGAAGCGGUUCAUAUUCGUGGUGUCCGCAACUUUGUUGACUUCAGCGUAUCAUCGAGACACAAUCCUCGCAUCGUCUUUGUCUCUUCCAUCUCUUCGGUCGGUAAUUGGCAUUCCGCAGUAGAGACUAAACCCCAAUCCACAAACGGCGUCAAAGUCAUCCCCGAAGAAAUUGCGCAAACCCCAGCCGUUGCCCAAUCAAUCGGCUACGCGGAGUCCAAAGCCAUCGCUGAGCAGAUACUCGCCGCCGCAGCCGAAAACGAAGGCGUCAAGGCGUCGAUUGUCCGCGUCGGACAGAUCGCAGGGCCGAUCGGCGAAAGCGGUGGUAAAUGGAACGAGAACGAAUGGUUUCCAUUGCUGUUGAAGACUUCCAAGAACCUGGGCAAGAUUCCCGACGCUUCCUUGUUAGACAAUGUUGACUGGCUUCCGGUCGAUGCGCUUGCAACUGUUCUUUUGGAGCUCAGUCUGUCCGAGGACAACCGGGCCUUGCAAGUGUAUCAUCUUGUCAAUCCUAAGGUGAAGAGUUGGACCGAUCUGCUGCCCGCUGUUCAAGAACACAUUGGAAACCCGAAAGCUGUAAGUAUGCAGGAUUGGGUAUCUGAGUUAGAGAGGGUCAAUGGCGACGAUCACGAUGCCAUUGCAGCGAACCCAGCCGUCAAGAUUUUGGAUUUCUUCAAGGACAGCCGGAAUCUGAAAUACAUUGGAGCUGAUGAUGUGGAUAUCUCGACAAAGAAUGCGAAGGUAACCAGCCCCACCUUGAGUCAGCUAGGUCCUGUACAAGCAAGUUGGAUGAAACGGUGGAUGCAAGAUUGGAGCCUUUGAAGACAAUGAAGGAUGACUUGGUAAUUUCAAUAUCUCAAUAAAAAGAAUAAUGGGGGAGCAUUUAAAUUCAUACAAGAGAGUUCUCUUUCAACCUGCGCAGUAAAUGAGAUC